AUGGCUGGCACUAAUCUAUUCAUUGGAGGAAUAGCCCCUGGAAUUGUCGUGAACCCACGAAUUGGCGGCGCUUCACCGUUCAGCGGAUGCAUUUCAAAGGUGGAUUCGUUUAUAAUCCCAUUCUUCUACGUGCUUGCUCUUUCGCUGCAAUCAAUAAUACUCAAUGGGAAAGAAGUAGAUUUAACUGUGCUGCUGAACGAAUCAUCGAGCGGCAUAACCGAAUGUAAGCCGCGACAAGACGAACAGACCGAAGAAAUUCACCCACCGUUUAUCUGGACGACCACACCGUCUACCACACGAACUACUAUUCUAGUUACUACUUCGCAUUAUCCACGAACUACGUCUGCGUGGGAAACAGUGAGAAUGGAAACAGGUGCGAAAGAAGAGGAGGAACUAGAAAAGCCAGUUUCAGAAGGUGUUGAAACAACGACAAAAUGCACUGGAGAUGGUAUGUUUUAUAAGAGAAUGAUAAAGCUGUCAAUUUCGCAGAUUCUGAAAGGAUAG